UGGAUGUGAAAAGUGUCCAUCAAACAGCGUAUCUCCAGCUGCAGGCUGGAUGCCCCUCCCUCCCUUUGUUUGAGAUUGCGUCUGUGAAAGUUAGAAGCAGAGUGCACUCGUAAGUUUCUGUGAGGAAGAUAACGUCACCAAGGUAAAGUAUCACCAUAAGAUAAUUAUUUGACAAGUUUGUACUCACAGUCUUUUUCGACUGGCAUCUGUGUAGAUUAGCUAACGACAUUUUGUUCUUUAACAUAUCGAUGUUGACAGCUAAAGUGUGACUUUCGACAGCUAGCUAAUGUUAGCUGGGUAAUAAGUCUUGAUUUGUAUUACAAUCAGAUAGUGAACAUUAGUUAGUAUCUUAUAUAAAAUAAUCUGAUAUAAAAUCACCGAUAUAUCAAAUUGUUUGCCUUGUUUGUAAACAUGUUUUAUACCGUGGAUAAGUAAGUUACUAGGGCAGACUUAUUAACUUAAUUACAUCGUGUCAUUCUCAAAUCGAGCGAUGCCAGCUCAAAGCUUUCUUUUUAUCAUGGCAGCGUUGUUGUACAUUUCAUUAGUGACUGAGAUGUAUUCGUCAACAUCUUUUUCUUUCUCAUGCAGAGUACCUUAAAUGAUGUUGUCUGUUGUGUGCACUCUUCCACUUUUUCAGGAUAGACAUGUCGUUUUCAUUAGAAAAGCUUUGCGUAUUGGUCAAUGUUAAAUACGAUAGGGCAGUAGAGGCAGCAGCCAGGGUCAGCAGUGAGGAAGAAGGUUUGUGGAAAACUAGGAUUAAGACAGCCAGAGCAAAGAAUGCAAAGUCAGCAACACAUUGAAUUAUGUCAGUAUUGUAUUCAGUGUACUUUAUGUGUUCCUCUCUAUCUUUUUCAGAUUUCCUUGAGUGUGACCAGAUUGAGUCUCCCGCUGCUAUCGUGCCAGAUGGAUUUGAAAAUGAAGGAGAGGGAGUUGAGGAGGAUUCUUCAGCUGGUGGGGCUCGUCCAAGAAGGUCAAGGAAGAAAGGAAAUCCAGAGACCUGGAACGUGAAUAUUCAGAAAAGAAGGAGAAUGAGGGGCCAGUCCUAUCUCGGGAGGAAGAAUCAAGAGCCUGGGUUGAAGGAGGCAAGAAAAAUAGGGAUGCCAUGCCAGUCUGCUGCCUGCCAAAAGUCCACUAAACUGCACUGCAAUGAAGUCGAGGAGUCAAAGAGGGAGGAGAUCUUUAUGUAUUUCUGGGGGAUAUUAGACUGGAAAGAGAGGAAAAUUUUUGUUAAGUCUUUACUUGACGUCAGCAGUGUACAGCGGUGGCGCACAGGAGCAGAUGAAUCCAGGAGGUCGGCAUCCAUUUCUUGUCACCUUGUAGUGGAUGGAAGAUGAAUCAGAGUGUGCCAACGCAUGUUCCUGUCUACACUAGGCAUAAAGCAGUGGUGUUGUCUGAAAUGGGUAAGAAGUAGAGGAGAGAGUCCUGAAAAGACUGAGAGAGCGAGAGUGAGGUCAGAAGAGCGCGACUUCCUUAAGACCUUCCAUUUAGAUCUUCCAAAGGUUCCAUCACACUACUGUAGGUCCUUUUCAUCAAAGAUGUACCUGGAGCCGGUGUUCAAGUCUCUCAGUCAUCUCCACACUAAGUAUAAGCGCUCUUGUGCCGAACAUGGAAUCCAGUCUCUGUCGAGGCAAGUUUUCACCAACAUUUUCAAUGACUUAAAUCUUUCUUUUUUUCACCCAAAGAAACCCAAGUGUGAUACAUGCUGUUCAUUCAAGGCUGGAAACAUUGAAGCUGCCACAUGGGAGGAGCACUGUCUUAAAAAAGACACAGCACGAGCCAUGAAGCAGAAGGACAAAGAUGAGGCUGGUGGGAAGACCUUGGUGGCAUGCAUGGAUCUACAGUGGCUCCUGCUCUGCCCCAAGCUGCAAGCCUCCACCCUCUAUUACAAGACUAAUAUCAGUGUUCAUAACUUCACCAUCUUUGACAUGUCAUCACAAGAUGCAACAAAUUACCUGUGGCAUGAAGGUGAAGCUGGUCUCUUUGCUAACGAGUUUGCUUCAUGCAUCGUGCACUUUCUUGAAGCAAACCCCUCGUACGAAGAAUACAUCCUGUGGAGUGAUGGAUGCGGCUACCAGAACCGAAAUCUGCUCCUGAGCAACGCCCUCCUCAAGUUUGUGACCGAAAAACAGAAUAUAGUGACGCAGAAGUAUCUCGAACGAGGUCACACACAAAUGGAGUGUGAUUCUGUGCACAGUGUGAUAGAGAGAAAACUAACAGAUAGAGAGAUCUGUGUUCCGGCUGAGUAUGCUGCAGUUUUCCGGGGAGCUCGCUCCAAUCCCAGGCCAUACCAUGUGAGGUACGUGGACCACAGUUUCUUCACAGACUUCAGCCAAGUGACCAUCUGCAAGUCCAUCCGACCAGGGAAAAAAGCUGGAGACCCAACAGUCCAUGAUUGUUUAUUAAAUUGAGUGUAAUUAAAUUUUAUCUGACUUUGUGAUGGCUUUACAGGUUUUAAUGAUAUUAAUAUAAUUCGUAGUUGUUCCAAGUAUUAAAUAAAUUAUUAAGUAGUAGUAUUUAAGAGUCAAUUGUCUCUAACAAAUAGCUUGACUAUCUUUCCUGACUGUUCAUAAUUAUAAUAUUUAAUGUAUUUUGUGAUGUAUUUUGUGGCUUGACAUUUUGAAUGUGUUUUUAUUUACAUGAAUACAAAGAAUUUCAACCUUUGUUGAUUAAACCAAUUUGAUUUUA